AGAGAGAGAAAUCCCCUUUUCAGAUGCAGCUGACGGAAAUGCUUUUCACACUCGAGUGAUGUUCAGACACUGUGUGUAGUUACAGCUCGUCCUCCUUCGUACAGGAACACAGCCUCAUUGAAACUUAAAAGGCUCUGCCUCGGAAGGCAGGCAGAAGCGAAGGACGGAGAUUAGUGGCAAGGAGACCUGCAGUUUGUCACCGUUACCUGGAGUAGCAGCUUCUUCUCCCUGGUCUGGAACAGCAGGGCAAAGGGGAGACAGAGGUGAUCUUCCCGUCAGCCGCUACCAUGGAAGCUGUCGCCUUGUACAAUUUUGUGGCGUCGGCCACAGACGAGCUGAGCUUCAACAAGGCAGAUACCCUGAAGGUGCUGAACAUGGAGGAUGACCCAAAUUGGUAUAAAGCUGAAUUAUACGGCAUAGAAGGCUUUAUUCCCAAGAAUUACAUUAAAUUGAUGCCGCAUGACUGGUAUGUAGGCAGAAUCUCCAGAACAUCAGCGGAAGAAGCACUCCUGAAACAAGGAUAUAUCGGGGCGUUUCUAUUACGAGAAAGUGAGAGCUCACCUGGUGAUUUCUCCAUAUCUGUCAACUACGGCAAACAUGUGCAGCACUUUAAGGUCCUUCGCGAUAAAGACAGCAAAUAUUAUUUGUGGGAUGAGAAGUUUCACUCCUUGAAUGAGCUUGUGGACUUCUACAGGACCACUACAAUCGCAAAGAAGCAACAAAUUUUCCUGAGAGAUUCAAAACCUGAUGAAGAGAUGGAGAAGCCCAUGCUGGUACAGGCUUGCUUCGACUUUACUCCACAAGACCGCUCGGAGCUGAUCUUCAACCGGGGCGAUGUGAUCGAGGUGCUGGAAUGCCUGGAUGCAAACUGGUGGAAGGGGAAGUGCAACAGCCGCAUCGGUUACUUCCCACGCAACUACGUUCAGGGAAUCUUGCAGUAGCUCCCCACAGCGCCAUCAUCUCAUCAUGAACGUCGGGAAGCAGCUUUCCAUCGUAACCUCUUCUGAUUUACUUCAGACCAGAUCCCUGCAUCAGUGACUACACUUCAAACACACUUCACCGCCUGUGCUGAGCUUUGGGAUAGCCUGAGAUUAUGAAAGACGUUUCACAAAAUGCAAAUCUCUUCUUAAGUCAGACUCUUGUUCUUUCCUUCUGUGUACAUUUUUGUGCGUGACUUUAUUUGCUUUUCACUUGGAUCGUGGAACGUGGGCUCGUUUUGAUGCAAAAAUCCUGAGAAGUUAUCCUGAGCUCCGCGGAUGCGUAAAUCUGCAGUCACUGGCAGCUCUAAAUGUUUGACAGCAAUAUCCCCAGCUGUCUCUGUAACAUUUGAGGCUGUUGCAAAAAUAUUUUUUUUUAAAUGAUCAUCCUCACAAAUAAAAUGUACAG